GGAGUCGCGGUUCGGCGGUGGAGACCGGAGGGCUCGGGGCUCCGAGUGGCAGCGCGCUCGCGGCGAGCCGGCCCGAGCCCGGGCGGCGGGUACUUCGCCAUGCCGGGGAUGGUGCUGUUCGGCCGGCGCUGGGCCAUCGCCAGCGACGACUUGGUCUUCCCGGGGGUCUUCGAGCUGUUCGUGCGAGUGCUGUGGUGGAUCGGCAUCCUGACGCUGUACCUCAUGCACAGAGGGAAGCUGGACUGUCCUGGUGGCGUCCUGCUCAGCAGUUACCUGAUCGUGCUCAUCAUUCUGCUGGCAGUUAUCAUAUGCACCGUGUCAGCCAUCGUGUGUGUCAGCAUGAAAGGGACCAUUUGUAAUCCUGGACCACGGAAAUCCAUGUCUAAGCUGCUCUACGUGCGCCUGGCACUCUUUCUGCCAGAGAUGGUCUGGGCGUCCCUGGGGGCCGCCUGGAUAGAGGACGGUGUUCAGUGUGACAGGACGGUGGGGAAUGGCAUCAUUGCGACUGUCGCCGUCAGCUGGAUCAUCAUCGCCUCCACCGUGGUCACCAUCGUCAUCGUCUUUGACCCGCUGGGGGGGAAGAUGGCUCCGUAUCCCCCUGCGGGCCCCCAUCACCUGGAUAGUCGUGAGUCCAGCCAGUUACUUAAUGGCCUCAAGACGGCAGCUACAAGCGUGUGGGAAACGAGAAUCAAGUUCCUGUGCUGCUGCGUCGGCAAAGACGACCGUACUCGAGUUGCUUUUUCGAGUACGGCAGAGCUUUUCUCAACCUACUUUUCAGACACGGACCUGGUGCCCAGCGACAUUGCAGCAGGGCUCGCUCUCCUCCACCAGCAACAGGACAGCAUCAGGAACAACCAGGAGCCUGACGAGGUGGUCAGCCAUUCCCCAGGGCCCUCCCAGGAAGCUGAUUUGGACGCAGAAUUAGAAAACUGUCAUCACUAUAUGCAGUUCGCCGCAGCUGCCUAUGGGUGGCCCCUCUAUAUUUACAGAAACCCUUUUACAGGGCUGUGCAGGAUUGGUGGUGACUGUUUCAGAAGCCGGACAACCGAUUAUGACUUGGUUGGAGGUGAUCAGCUCAACUGUCACUUUGGCUCCAUCCUGCAGACGACGGGGCUGCAGUACCGGGAUUUCAUUCACGUCAGCUUUCACGACAAGGUGUACGAGCUCCCCUUCUUAGUGGCCCUGGACCACAGGAAGGAGUCGGUGGUGGUGGCUGUGAGGGGAACCAUGUCUCUCCAGGACAUCCUUACGGACCUGUCAGCGGAGAGCGAGCCGGUCGACCUCGAGUGUGAGGUGCAGGACUGCUGGGCACACAAGGGGAUUUCUCAAGCUGCCAGAUACGUUUACCGACGACUCAUCAACGACGGGAUUUUGAGCCAGGCGUUCAGCGUUGCACCUGAAUACCGGCUGGUCAUCGUGGGGCACAGCCUGGGGGCAGGCGCCGCAGCCCUGUUGACCAUCAUGCUCAGAAGCUCAUACCCACGAGUCAGGUGUUACGCCUUUUCCCCGCCCAGGGGGCUGCUGAGCAAAUCCCUUUAUGAAUACUCUAAGACCUUCAUCGUGUCACUUGUUCUGGGCAAGGACGUGAUUCCCAGGUUAAGUGUGACCAACUUGGAAGAUCUGAAGAGGAGAAUCUUGCGAGUGAUUGCUCACUGCAACAAGCCCAAGUACAAGAUCCUGCUGCGCGCGUGCUGGUACGAGCUGUUUGGAGGGCACCCCGAGGACCUGCCGACGGAGCUGGAUGGGGGCGACCUGACGCAGCCUCUCCUCGGGGAGCGGAGCCUGCUGGCGCACGGGUCCCCGGCCUACAGCUUCUCCAGCGACUCCCCGCUCGAGUCCCCCACCAAGUACCCCCCUCUCUACCCUCCCGGCAGGAUCAUCCACCUGGAGGAAGUGGGCACUUCAGGGAGGUUUUCCUGCUAUCCUGCUGCUCGGUAUAGUGUGAAAUGGUCACACGAAUCGGAAUUCAGCAAAAUACUCAUCGGCCCAAAGAUGCUAACAGACCACAUGCCCGACAUCCUGAUGAGAGCCCUGGACAGCGUGGUGUCCGACAGGGCCGCUUGUGUUUCCUGUCCGACCCAGGGAGGCUCCAGUGUGGAGGUCGCGUAACCAGGGCAACUGGGAGCUGCUCGGGCCGUGGACAUCUGAGUGAUUCCCACGAUGCCAAUGAUCGGAUUUCAGUGGUCUCCUAAAUGACUGAGUAAUUUGAGAAAUACUUCUGACUACAAUAUUCACACUAUCAGGAGCCAGGAGAGCACUGAGGUGACGGCCCCCCCGAGACUGAGUGGGUGUCACGCCCUUUUCUGUAGGCCUGCUGAUUCCCGGGAGUCCCACAGCCAGGUUUAAGGCCCUAACGAGCUGUAGGCGCCCGCCCCUCAGGCCACCUUUUCAGUGACAGGGUCCUGCCUUACGAGUUGGCACACAGGUGUGCAGUGUAUUCUGCAAACUGGACUUUCCCGCCUGCACAAACUCAGUAUCAGUUGCGAGGGUGCAGGCUGGGGUCUGUCAUGGGUGGCACUAAGCGAGGGUCAGCCCUGAGCUCCGACUGGGAAUCGGACGAAAGCAGGUCGGGGAGGCGAGCGGAGCCUGCAGCUCCUGGCCUCCGGGUGCCCUGUGCCCUGCUCACGCUGCUUGCUUCACCAGCCUCAGGGUGGUGGCCCAGUUCUCGUGGGGUAUUCGCAGAGGUCGGCCAGUGGAUUCAGAGUGAGUUAAAAAAAAAAAGCACUUACGUAUCAUGAGUGCCUGCACAGCCAUGAACUCUUCCAGUGGGUGUUUCUGGGAAGGUCUAUUUUACUGGGUAGUUUUACAACAGUCCUGUUUUAAACAUCUUUUUUCUGUCCACUGUAAACAACAAAAUGGAGUCUUAGGUUUUCCUGGAGCUCUGGCUAAAGACUGAAGGUUGCCCAGGCGUCUGACUGCACUCCACCCCCGAUCCAAACCCUGUAAGAUGAGAGUAAUGGGAUUCCUUUAGAAAGCAUAGACCCACAAGGACGGGGGGAAGAAGAGACAGGAACAAUGAGAUGGCCAGAGGUAAGCGGACUCCUGGGUGAAGUGGGGAAGGAAAGACAAGAAUAAAUCCGGUCUACAAACCAGAUGCCCCACGUACCUCGGACCCGGGCAUGAAGCAGACAGCGGGGGACCAGCCGGAGUGACGGCUGGAAGAAAUCUGGCUCCUCGCUUGCUUCAGGGUAGAGGGGGCGCUGGACACCAGCGCAGUAGAACAACUCCUCCCACUUGGCCCCCAUAACCUUUAAGAAGGUGCUCCAAGGAAAUCAGACCUCUAGGGAUACCCGCCCCCUCAGGGCCUAGUAGCUGUCACAGCCAUACCACCUUAGUUUUUGAAAACCCACAAAGGUCUCUGACUGAAAUGCUGCGGUAACAUCCAACUGCUACAAGUUUCGUUUCUAAACAUAAUUCCUGUAC